AUGAAAUCAAGUAAACCAUUAUUAUCCAAUAAAAUCGAAGAUAUUAAUUCAAAAUUAAACGAGGAUGAAUUAAACAAUUUUACAGCAGACUGUUUAAAGAGAUAUUGUAAAGAGAAUUCAAUACAAGUUGCAACAACCAAAGCAAAUAUAAUUAUAAAUUUACUCGCACACUUUAACAAUAAUGCUAAACAACCAUUAAACGAUUUAAGUAAUAUUCAAAACCAACAACCAAAAAUGAAAUCAAUUUUAAAAAAAGAUGUCAAUAAUAAAGAUAAUAAAGAAAAUAAAGAAAAUAUUAAAGAAAUUAUUGAUAAAGUUGAAAAUUUAACAAUUGAUGAAAAAAAUAAAGAAAAGAAUGUUGUCAAAACUAGAAAACAAGCAUUGGAAAAAUACAAACAAGAACAAUUUGACGAUAAACAAGAGGACAAUGAAAUAAACUCAAAGAAAAAAGUUACCUUCAAUUCAGUAAAUCAAAUUGGUUUUGUUGAAAGAAAAGAAAGAAAUCAUUUUAAAUACUAUAUAAAUACAAAUCAAAAUAGUCCUAUUAAAAAUGAAUCUCCAUUGAAAAUUGUAAAUAAUCAAUCAUACAAUAUAUUUGACUUUAUAGGUGAAGAAGAAGAAGAGUUUGAUACAGAAACUAUGAAAAUAUGGGAAUUAAAAGAAGCAUUAGAAAUCAAUGGUUUAUCAACUGAAGGUGAUAAACAAGAAUUAAAAGAAAGAUUAGAAAGUUUUAUUGUUGAAACCUUAAACAAAGAUAAUGAAAAGGACUCUUUAAAUGAAUCAGUCGAAGAAGAUUGGAUUAGAUGGACACCUUUAAAAGCAAAAAACAGUGGCAAUAAAAAAUCUACCACUGACAAUGAUAAAAAAAGUAAAUCAAAAACUACAAAAAAAACAAUUAAAAGCAAGUCAAAACCAUCCAAAAAAUCAAAAAAGCAUCAAGACGAAGAAGAUGACGAAGAUGAAGACGACGAAAGCUAUGACUACGAUGAAGAUAAAGAUACUCCAAUUAUGACCUCACAACAAUUAUUCAAUGCUUUUAUUGAUGUUUCUGUAACCAAUAAUAAAAAAAAAUAA